AUGGACAUCAGCAGAUUAGCUCCCAGUGUCGUGAUGAUCUUCCGCAGAGCCUCCUGCCCCCAGGGAAGUGCGCGCACAGCCCUGCAAGGAGCCACAGGCCUGAGUGUGCAGCAGGCACCCAAGUUGCUGCAGGUGAGGCAGGACAGCCAGGUGACCUUGGCCUGCCAGGUGGUGCAGGCCCAGGCCUGGGAGCGGCUCCACGUCGAAUGGACCAAGGAUGGUGACAUCUUGUGCCAGACACACAUCAUCAACGGCAGUCUCACCGUGGGUGUCUGUGGGCCUUGGGGCCGGCUCUCUUGGCAGCCGCCUGGCAAUCUCACCCUGCAGCUGGACCACGUGAGCCUCAACGACAGUGGGCUCUACGUGUGCUUGGCGACCCUGGAGAUCCCUGAUUUGGAGGAGGCCCAGGGCAGUGGGACGCAGCUCCUGGUGGAGACAGAUGGCUGGCUACUGAACCGGAGCUUCUCAGGGCUCUCCUUCGCACUGCUGGUGACUGGGGCCGUGGCCGUGGCCGCUUUCGCUCUGGGCGCCUGGAUCUGGGGCCGCCGCCGCUGCCGGAACAGAGACGCAGGGAAUCCACUCUACAGCAAUGCCCUAUACCAGCCCCGGAGGACCCCAAGGAAGAGUGAGGCAUGGCCUGUGUAGGGGAAGGUGCUGGACAUCUCCAGCAAGAAUCAGAAGGGCCAAAGCAUCUAUUCGAUCUCUUUCCCCCGGCCCCCCACCCCCAAGCGGCCUCUGGCUCCCAAAUCUUCCUCCAGCCCCAGGCCCAGUCACCCCAUCUCUGCAGUUGGAGUCCCUCCUGGCCCAGACUCCUCUGGGCAGCCAAGGCCAAGAGGAUUCCUUGAAGUGGGAAGACGAAUCAGAACCCCCAGAGACCCAGAGAGGACCCCCCAGCAGCUAUGUAAAGAUGUGACUUAUUCCAAGAGGAUCACGAAGUCCAGCAGUUCAUCCUGAGACACGCCCCCUCCUCACUUCUAUGAGGCUGGACCUCUCCCUUGCCCACAGAACACCCAAUAAA